GAGCGGGAGCGAUCAUAAUGGCCUCGAGGGCCAGAGCCAGGUGCUGCCACUGAAGUGAGGAACGGGAGCGAUCGCCAUGGCCUCGUCCCGCCGGGCCCGGCGCACCGGCCCUCCCGACGGCGGCUGGGGUUGGAUGAUUGUCGCUGGUUGCUUCCUCGUCACUAUCUGCACCAGGGCCGUGACAAGAUGCAUCUCCAUUUUUUUUGUGGAGUUCCAGGCAUACUUUGGGCAGGAUUAUGCCAGAACUGCUUGGAUCCACUCCAUUGUCGACUGUGCUACAAUGCUUUGUGCCCCGCUCGGGAGUUUAAUCAGUAAUCAUGUAUCCUGCCAAGUUGGUAUCAUGCUAGGAGGGCUGCUUGCAUCUACUGGACUAAUUCUGAGCUCAUUCGCCGCCAGUCUGGAACAUCUCUACUUAUCGUUAGGAGUCCUCACAGGACUUGGGUUUGCACUGUGUUAUUCUCCAGCCAUUGCAAUGGUGGGCAAAUACUUCAACAAAAGGAAAGCACUGGCGUAUGGAAUAGCCAUGUCAGGAAGUGGAAUUGGUACCUUCAUCCUGGCCCCUGUGGUCCAGCUUUUAAUUGAGCAGUUUUCCUGGCGAGGAGCUUUGCUCAUCCUGGGAGGUUUUGUUUUAAACCUCUGUGUCUGUGGUGCCUUGAUGCGGCCUAUUUCUCUUAAGGAGGAUUGUAAAACUGCUCCUGAGUUUCUUGAACAGAAUUAUGUCCCUGAAACAGAGAAACAAGACUUAACGCGAAUGUCCAUCUGUUCACCUUUAAUCAAAUCAUGGCCUCAUGAAUGUUUAUGUUACUGCUCAUGGAAGGAAUAUGACUUUUUGCUGAUGCCAGGCUUCAUGGUGCUGGCAGUGUCAAUUUUAUUUAUGGCAUAUGGCUGCAGCCCUCUUUUUGUCUACCUAGUGCCUUAUGCUUUGAGUGUUGGAGUGAAUCAUCACCAGGCUGCCUUCCUCAUGUCCAUACUUGGUGUCAUAGACAUCAUUGGUAAUAUUACCUUUGGAUGGCUCACAGACAGAAGGUGUCUGAAGAAGCAUCGGUACUUUUGCUACCUCUUUGCUGUGGGAAUGGAUGGCCUCUGCUGUCUUUUCCUGCCAGUUCUCCAAAGCUUCCCCUUGCUUGUGCCUUUCUCAUUUACCUUUGGCUACUUUGACGGAGCCUAUGUAACGCUGAUCCCUGUCAUGACAGCAGAUGUAGUGGGAACUUCGUUGUUAUCAUCAGCACUGGGUGUUGUGUAUUUUCUUCAUGCCAUACCAUAUCUAGUGAGCCCACCUGUGGCAGGUUGGCUUGUGGACACAACUGGCAGCUAUACUGCAUCAUUUCUCCUGUGUGGAUUUUCUAUGAUAUUUAGUUCAGCACUGUUGUGCUUUGCAAGACUAGCAAAGAAAAUCAAAAGAACACAUUUGCAAUCCCUCACUGGUAACACGGCCUUGAAACAGCACAUCUGGACAAAUGGAGCAAUAGCUUAUUCUGUCACAGCAGAAUUAGACCAAAGGGAUGUUGAAUUUUUGGCUGUGGAUACAAAUAGCUUCAGCAAUAGGUGACAAGUGCUGUUGAGAUUCAGUAUGGCACAGCCUGAGACAGACAGGCUCUGUGAUGUUACACCGUUGAAGAUACUUAUCCUGUGAAACAAGACCUCUCAAUUCAAUUUUUCUAUUGUGUUUUAGUUGGCUUAAAUCUACGUACAGCAACAGUAAUACCAAGUUAAUGCAGUAAUAGAAGAAAGCUAAACUGAAAAUAGAGUUUGUAGAUACAAGUGUUCACAGAUUAAUUUGAAAUGCAAUGUUGGCUCCACAGGUAUCAGUCACCAAAACCGAACAAUAAUAUUUACAUUUAAAAAUAUUAUUAAUAACAGAAGCGUUUUCAUUUUGUGGUCUAGUAUGUUUCAACGAACUAAUCACACACAUCGUGAAAAAAAUCUCUAAAUUUAUCAGUCUGCAUGAAACGCUUUGCAAAUUAAUGUUUCAAAUGCCAAAGUCCUUUGUUUUGCUUUUGUUUUGGUGGGUUUUUUUGUUUGUUUGUUUUUUGUUUUUGUUUUUUUUUAAGGAAAUCUGGCAGGAAACUGAUUUAUGCUGAAAGUAUCUCUGGAGCAGCUUUAAUUUUUACAAUGUGCUUGAACUUUGUACAUACAUUGCAAUUUAAUUUCAAAUAUGUUUUUAGACCUGCUUUCCCAUGCGCUCUAUAGCAUAUUUUACUUUUUGUGUUUUUUCUUCUAGAUACCUUUAAAAUUUGAAUUUCUAAGCAUUGACAUUCUGGGUGUGAUCUUUCAGCUGAUCCUUGUCUUGGAGGGUGGAAAAUG